AUGUCGGAAGUUGAGACAACAGGUAACAUAGUCUGGGAUGCCGAAGUACCCCGGACUCAUAAAAGCCCCAGAGCUGGUUCAGGUGAUCGCUUGCCCUCGUUUGAAAAGCUCACCUCGGAUGAGGAUCGGGAAAGAAAAGCAGAAGCUUCUAUUCCCGGGACGUAUCAUGUUGUCGUGAUCCCAGAGAGUUUCGCUGACCUCCCGGAGUACACGGAGGGCACCCCUUACGGUGAAAGUGAUCAGGUGUCAUAUCCUCUUCUCAUCCACGGCGAAACAAGCCAAUCCCCCCCUAAAUCCGCUGGUGAAGACCCAAACGUGGUGAUUUUAAAAACCUUCCGAGACACGCGAAGACCAUCGCCGACCAACCGCAAAUUCUCAGCGCAGCCCCUAGAAUCCGACUCUCAGAGCUCUCCAAUUCGGGCCCCAUCCACCACGUCAAGCGUUCAGGCCCUUGCGCAUGACAAUCCACAUGGGUGGUCAGAGCCAGAGAAUCGUGAUGGUUUAUUACUUCGACAUUUCAGUGACGUGGCGUGGGCGCAAUUGAUCCCCGAGAUGACCAUGAUUGAUUGUCCGAGCGGCAGUUAUAGGUUAGGCUCGGAAGUAUUCGAGCAAGAAGCGACGAGGUCUCCUCGCCUAUACUAUGCAAUGCUAGCAAUAUCUGCACUUAGUUUGUCCCGUCAAGGGAAUGGCCACAAUAUGGACGCCUUGCAAUACUACCACCGAGCCUUGGCUGCCGUGCAAGCCGAACCUUCCGGGGAUGACGAUAUGUUGUCAGACGAGGUUUUGUUUACGCAUUUUUUGCUACUUGUCUUUGAGGUUGCGGCGGCAAAUCUCGACGGGUUGCAUGUACAGUCAUACGUCACCUCGCGGUUGCUACACAUAGCGCAUGUACGGCAGACAACCUAUGGGAUUGAAAAGUAUUCUUUCAUACUCUGGUGGGUUUGCUAUAUUGAUGCGUACAGCCUUCUCGGUGGCACGGGGGCAGGAGAGUUUGUCAAAGCAGUCAUCGAAGGUCACUUGCUUCCCAGCGCCGACUCCUUCUUCUGUCCUGCCCUCUCCGAGACGUCGUGCUUGCUCUAUCCCGAAGAGCGAGACAAUCUAUUCAUGAUAUCUUGCUUGCAUCGUGAGGUCCUGAUGCUCACCGUGCGAUCAGGGCUCUAUGCGGCCGAUUUAAGAAAACACCCGGUGUCGUACCCGAACACGCAUGUGAGCGGACGACAAGGUGCUGAGGAGCUGCGCAACCAACUCCGCGGUCUUUGGUUCUCCCCUGAGAUGCGCUUUUUGAUAGAUAACCGCCAUAUUCUCCGAAAGCAAUUUCAAUAUCUUCUGAAACAGACCCUGUUCCUGUUUCACACCUCCUUCCUUUUCUCCUUUAUCGGCCUCGGGCCCGAACAGCGCCUUGCGGCAGAGGAUGAGCAAGAGGAGAUACAGCACCACGCAGCCAUGGUGCUUGAGCUGGCCGAGGGUCUGGGUCAUGGGGCCCGGGAAAGUCAUCGGCAUAUCAUUAUCUUCCCCGUCUUUCUAGCGGGCACCGCCGUGACGUCUAGUGGACUCAAGAUACGGGCAUGGGAGUUGCUUUCAAGCCUGGAGGAAGAAGAGCUGGGGUACCAUGCAUCUUCAACCUGCCAUCAACUGCAAUUGGUGUACGAGCGACAGAUGCAGCAAACCCGGGGUGGGCCUGGGGCGGCCCCGUCGGUCAACUGGAUUGAGCUGAUGGCUGAGCGAUCGAUUAGACUAGGACCGAAGAUGGAUUCCAGCGGCAGUCGUCAGGGCAGUCGCUCGCAGGAGGAAUUAUUUCUCGGAAACUCCUCGGGGAGACCGCCUGUCGAAUCACCCGUGGUUGGACCGCUUCGGAUCAGCAAAAGAGACACGCCGUCGCCCGCCCCGCAAAGUGCGCCUCUUCCUUACCCGGAUGACCGACUGCGGUUCCAGCAAAGGCACAGCCCAAGCCCGACGACCGAAAGUGGGCGGCUGGGCGGCUCCUCCACCACGCCGGUGAAUAGCAUAACGGCGAUGCCGGCUGGCUCCGGCACACCCCAGCCCGAAUAUCCGGCAGCGUUGCGACCGUCUCUCGGUCGCGAGCCUAAGCAGGUAACCCUGGCUGAGCGACGCGGAAAUGCGCCGAAGCCAUUGCCAGAGUCCCCCGCAGGGGAUGCACCACCCGAGAGAGACGGAUUGUUUAGCCGGAGUUACCACCAGACCCAAAUACCGCCGCCCCCCGUGAACGGGAAUCAGGGCGAUGGCGAGGCCUACCAAGAUUACCGACAGGCGUAUUGGCCGCCUCCUCAGCCGGAGGCUUUGCCCGGACACUCAUUGAGACCGGCACCGGCGCAGCACCUGCAACCUCCGAACAGCGCCAUUAAUCGAAUUAGCUCGACAGCGUCGACCUCUACGACGCGCGCCCAGAGAGGGUCGCCCCCGCCGCCGGAAACACCGAUUUUCGAGCCCGGUCAACAGCCGGGAUCCGACAUCGAAGCUCGCUAUGCCGCCUCCGGCAUCGCGGGUACGUCGACGCUGACUGGGCUGAAGGCUCAGAGCGCUGCCGCUCAGAGCAGAGCAGAACAGUAUGCAGGCCAGCAACCGAGGACCCAACCGCCAUUCCAGAGGCCAUGGACGCCUACAGAGCAGCCGGGGUCCCAGCCGCAUGGACCGCCAACCGUCUAUCAGGGCGCUGGGGUCGUCUCUACGGAAAGUCCUCCAGCCCAUUCCUAUACGCCUCAGCCAACUACAACUCCAUCGCAGGCCUUCGAGGUCCAGCAGCCCUCGAGGAUCCCUCCGAAUGCUCUGGAGCAAGACCUGGAGCGGAUGCGCAUCAGUUCCUCCCCUCCCCCUGCCUACUCAAGUGUACCCGGACCGGCCGCCGUCCAGGGAUACCCAAACGAAAAGCGCCGUCCACCUGCGUCGACCAGCCAGCCAGUCCCAUCCGCAGUGCAUCCUGCAACAAUAACUCCCGCAGAGGGUGCAGCGCCUGCGUCUGCCCCGCCAUCUUCGGCACAGGAUCACCCGGCUUUUGCCAAUGAUAUGCGACACCAACAGCAGCAGCAGCAGCAGCCGCCUGGGCAAUCCCUAACAGACGACAUUGCGCAGGAAACGCCAGGAGCGCAAAAUGGUCAUCAGUCGACGAUUCAACAGACCCAAGUCAAUGCAUCGCCGACUCCUUCAGGAAUCCCACCAGCAUCACCUCCGCCGCUUCCGGAGGGGUGGAUUGCCCACUUGGACCCUAACUCGGGACAGUACUACUACAUCCAUCUUCCUACGCAGUCAACCCAGUGGGAAUUCCCCAAGGGUCCCACACCACUGAACCUAAACGAGACGCCGUUGUCCCCGACUGGAAGCGUUUACAGCAGUCACCCUCUAACGUCGCCCGGCUUGUCGGCCUUUAGCAAGCCUCUGACAUCGCCUGGUCUCCCUAUGACUCCGGGAUACGAGAGCUUGCAAUCCCCCGUGGUGGCCGGAUUCACUGGCCCACCCCCAAGCAGCGGUGUCGAUUUGUAUAAGGUAGCGCCAACCAAUGGCGUAUAUUUUGGCCCGUAUCUUCGCUAUACGAAUAUGGACGUGGAGCGUGGUGUUUGGCUCGGCUCGAUUUUGCUGGUCACCGAUGCCGGGCAGCCGCCGACAAUUCACAUGCACCAAAGUGUUGAUCUUUCUCCCAAUCCCCGGCAACUGAAGCCGCUUGCCAUUUCCGUCCAUCAGCGGUGGACCUUUUACAAGUAUGACGUUGACUGUCAGAUGGACGACUCGGGCCCUGCGAAGUGGACCUACGCCAUUACCUCCCACCUGGGGUGUACCCGCUACGAGUUUCUGGUGGCGGGGCGAUAUGAGACUAACUGGCGUUUGAUCACGACAUCUGGAAAUGACUUCUCGCUCAACGUGAAUGCAAAUGAGAGAUCCCGCCUGGGUGGAGCAGGUUUAAUGUGGAAAGACAUCAUGCAGAAACACAUUGAGAUCGGAGGCUUCCACGCACAACUGUCUCUUGGAGGCCAGAUCUAUGCAGAUCGGAUGUGGAAGGAGAUACCAUCACUCAAACAGUGGCUUACAGUCAAGGGCAAGGACGCAAGAAAAAACGCGUCUUGGACUGCUGCCCACGAGGAGGAUGUUUCUCAUGCGUACUUCCACUACUACACUAGCCACUUUGACCAGCCAUACCUGAGGGAAUCGUUCGCACAGGUUCCUUAUGUCUGCCAAAUCGAUGACCACGACAUAUUUGAUGGGUUUGGGUCUUAUCCCGAGCACAUGCAGUUCUCAAAUAUGUUCAAGAAUAUAGGUCGAAUUGGAAUAGAAAUGUAUCUUCUCUUUCAACACCAUACGACCUUGGAGCUGCUCCGCAAUGUCAGUACGGACACCGACUUGUUCACCAUCACCGGAACCGGCUGGCAUUUUGUCAAGUACCUCGGGCCAGCGGUCGUCGUUGUCGGUCUCGAUUGUCGAUCAGAAAGAAACCCUCACCAAGUUGUGGCUGGGCCCACGUACCAGGGUAUAUUUCCCAAGGUCGCAAUGCUACCACCAUCCGUACAACAUUGUCUGUGGAUGAUCUCGCUGCCUAUCAUCUAUCCCCGUUUGGAGACGGCCGAGCAUAUCGCCCAUACGGUUGCUACCGGCAAGCGGGCGGUUACGGGGGCGUAUAAUGUCCUGGGGAAGGUAACCAGCUCUGUGGCCGGUGUGGUCGGCGCAAAGGAUAUGGUAGGCUCGGGAUUCGAUUCGGUCAAGCGUGCCGUGGGGAAGUCCGGGCUCAUGGGUGGUAUUCUAAGCCCAUUUGGGGAAUUCGACGUGCUUGACGAGCUUCGAGAUCAGUGGACGCAUGAAUCCAAGGACCUUGAGCGGACCUACUUCAUCCGCACUCUGCAGGGAAUUGCACAUCAGAAGGCUCUGCGCAUGACCUUCCUGUCCGGCGCGGUGAACGUCUGCGGCGCGGGUUUGGUGCACGACCCUGCGCAUCCCUCCGACCACAAGACGAUGUAUCAAAUCAUCUCCUCGGCCGUGGUGAACAGUCCUCCCCCUUCGUAUGUCAUCAAACUCCUCCACGGUAGCCAUAAACCUCUCUACGUUCCUGCCAACGGCCACCGCUCCACGCCUUCACAACCUACCGAUACCAAGGAGGAUAUGAUGGAGAUCUUUCAAUCUGACGUGAACGGCCAAUCUCGGGAGCAUCGGAAAUUGAUGGGUCGUCGAAAUUAUGCUGCCAUAGUGGCCUACGAUCCCGAUGCCGUCAAUCCAAUGUAUAACCAGCACGCAGUCGGAUUUGGGGGCCGUAAGCUUAACCUUGCUGUCGAUUUCAUGAUCCAGGGCGAAGGCACGUAUGGCGCCGUAGUCAAGUACGGUCCGGUCAUUGUUCCCAACCUGGAGCACGGCAAAUGA